AAAAAAAAGAAAAAGAAAAAGAAAAGAAAUUGGUAAAAGCCUAUUUAAAACUCUCUCUCUAGCUCAUUGCCCUCUACCAAAGCAUCCCGCAAUCCCUAACGCAAGCCGCACGCAGAGCAGAGGCUUGUCCUUCUGUAGAUCCUUUGUCUCUCUCUACAUUCUAAGGAAGUUGGCAGUUUUGUCUGCUUUAUCUGCAGUUCAUCAAACGUGGAGCUUGUCAAGUUUUAAGCUUUUUUUUAUGUCUGAACGAGCCUCUCUUUGUUUGUCAUCAAUUGGAUUACUUGGAGAGUACUGUCCUACGUCUAGAAAAAAGAUCAGACCUUCAUCAAGUAAGGUUGGCUGCAUGCAUCUUGGGUUAUUUGAGGGCCAUAGCGCAGACUACAUAGGUUGCCAGUUUAUGCAGCCUUUCCCAUCUGCAAGGAACCUGUCUGCUGAAGGAGAAUUUCCUAUUAUUUGGUUAACGUGAUACCGGUCUUUAGAUCAGUACAAGCAAGAUGGCGUUGCAAAAUAUUGGUGCUUCCAACAGUGAUGAUGCCUUCUACAGGUAUAAGAUGCCAAAAAUGAUAACUAAGAUUGAAGGUAGGGGAAAUGGCAUAAAGACUAAUGUGGUUAACAUGGUUGAGAUUGCUAAGGCCUUGGCUAGACCAGCUUCCUACACAACAAAGUACUUUGGCAACGAGCUUGGAGCUCAAUCCAAGUUUGAUGAGAAAACUGGAACUUCACUUGUGAAUGGAGCCCAUGACACUGCAAAGCUUGCUGGGCUGCUUGAAAACUUCAUCAAGAAGUAUGUUCAGUGCUAUGGCUGUGGUAACCCUGAAACUGAGAUAGUUAUCACUAAGACGCAAAUGAUCACCUUGAAGUGUGCUGCAUGCGGAUUUGUUUCUGAUGUUGAUAUGAGGGACAAGCUUACAACAUUUAUUCUCAAGAGCCCACCGGAGCCGAAAAAGGGUUCCAAAGACAAGAAGGCAAUGAGGAGGGCUGAGAAGGAACGGCUUAAGGAGGGUGAGGUUGCUGAUGAGGAGCAGAAGAAGCACAAAAAGGAGACAACAAAGAAGAAAGGCUCUUCUGGUAGUUCUAAGGAUGCUUCUAAAGGCAUAUCAACGAGGAAGAAAGGCAAUGUCUCUGAUGAGGAUCACUCGCCAGCUCGCAGCCAAGCUGAUGAAAAUGAACAAGUGAUUGCUAAUGAUGAUGAUGAUGAUGAUGUCCAGUGGCAAACAAAUACUUCUUUGGAGGCAGCUAAACAACGCAUCCAGGAGCAGUUGAGUUCUGUUACUGCAGAUAUGGUAAUGCUAUCCACAAAUGAAGAGAAGGCAAAGUCAGCAAAGAAGUCUCCGGAACGUGAAGUUAAGGCUCACCAGAAUGGCUCUAAAAGCAAUGACUCCUCAGAAGGCCUCGUUAAUGAAAUAAAGGGAUAUAUGAAAAUGGGUUCUCCUGUGAGCAAGCUGAAAUCCUUCUUGAGUUCACUUUCCGGGACACCUCAAGAAGUCAUUAAUGCUCUGUUUGCUGCUCUCUUUGGGGGUGUUGAGAAAGGGUUUGCCAAGGAGGUGUCUAAAAAGAAGAGCUACCUGGCAGCAGUAACUCAAGAGGAGGGAUCACAGAUGCUUCUGUUGCACGCCAUUGAGUCUUUCUGUGGUGAGGCUAGACCUGAAGUGGUGAAAGAGGUCCCAUUGGCUGUUAAAGUGUUGUAUGACAAUGACGUGCUGGAAGAGGAGUUCAUCCUAGAAUGGUACCGGAAGGGCCUUGGUGGUGGCAACAAAUGCUCGCCAGUCUGGAAGAAUGUCAAGCCUUUUGUUGAGUGGCUACAGAAUGCCGAGUCAGAAUCGGAAGAGGAGUGACUACUUGAGAGUUAUUCUCUCAUGUUCAGUUAGUGUUGUUACUUUGUUCAUGGAAUAAAGUUGGUCAUGUUAUAGUUUCUGGGGAGUUGAAAUAAGCGGGGAUCAUUGACGGGUUGCAUUUCUGUGUUUUGUGUCGGUCAGUGAUUUCUUGUGGGACUCUCGUAGUCUUCAUUGGUCUGGUCAUGUGUCUCUUUAACAUUUGACACAUUGUGCGCUUGUUGUGAUUUGUGUGGAUUUGCAUUUAUAUGCCUAAUUGCUAGCUUGAGUUUGUUUGGCGAUUA